AUGGGACAGCUGAUCCAGGGCCAAUGGCACGCUGAAGACCUGCCCCGCCACCAGGCUGAUGGUAAAUUCGAGCGGCCCAACAGCCCCUUUCGCCAUUGGAUCGGUGCACCUGACGGACGCUUUCCUGCGGUCAAAGAUCGUUACCAUCUGUUUGUGAAUCCCGGCUGCCCCUGGGCUUAUCGGGCCAUUUUAUACCGCGCGAUAAAAAACCUUGGACAUGUCGUUAGCUUAUCCUCUACCGCCGCCGCUGCGGGUGAUCAGGGCUGGCACUUCGACAAUCCCCCCGAGCCACUACUACAGACCACACACCUUCAUGAAGUGUACAGCCGUGCUGAUCCGGCGUUCACCGGGCGGGUUACGGUUCCGGUCUUGUGGGACACUCACAGCAACACCAUCGUGAACAACGAAUCCGCUGACAUUAUCCGCAUGUUCAACGAAGCCUUUAACGCCAUUGAAGGCGUCUCCCAGACAGACUACUUCCCCGCACCACAGCGGGCAGAGAUCGAAGCGCUUAAUCAGGUGAUCUACGCUGACGUGAACAACGGCGUCUAUCGAUGCGGUUUUGCCCAGUCGCAGAGCGCUUAUGAUGAGGCCUAUGACAAUCUGUUCAACACGUUAGAUCAGCUGGAUGAACGCCUGGCAACCCGCCGGUAUCUAUUUGGUGAUGACGUCACAGAAACAGACUGGCGCCUGUUCUCGACGCUGGUGCGUUUUGAUCUGGCUUACUACAGCCGUUUCAAAUGCAACCGUAAUCUAUUGAGUGAGUUUGAACACCUCUGGCCGUACACAAGAGAUCUGUAUCAGCUUCCGGGUGUCGCCGACACUGUAGACGUCAGCGCUAUCAAAGGGAUCUACUACGGUGCGGGUAAACCCGGCAUACUGCCUAAAGGCCCGGCAUUGGAUUUCAGCGCGCCGCACAACCGCGAUGACAUCCACGUCUGA